CCGGGAGGGCCGGGCCGGCGGAGCCGCGGCGGCAGCAGCUGUCGGCGGGGGCGAUGCGGAUGGCGGCCGGUGCGGCAGCGGGCGAGGGGGCAGCGCAGAGCCCCGGGCCCGGGCCCGGUCCCGCCGCCGUGUCGCUGGGCCUGAGCGUGGCCGUGGUGUCCAGCCUGGUGAACGGCUCCACCUUCGUCCUGCAGAAGAAGGGCAUCGUGCGGGCCCGCGGGAGAGGUACUUCAUACUUGACAGAUAUAGUAUGGUGGUCUGGCACUAUUGCAAUGGCUCUGGGUCAAAUAGGGAAUUUCUUGGCCUACACUGCAGUCCCAACUGUGUUAGUGACUCCCUUGGGAGCACUUGGCGUUCCAUUUGGGUCCAUUUUAGCUUCUUACUUGCUGAAAGAAAAACUGAACAUUCUUGGCAAGCUGGGUUGUUUGCUGAGCUGCGCUGGAUCUGUUGUUCUCAUCAUCCAUUCCCCAAAGUCUGAGAGUGUAACAACUCAGGCUGAGCUUGAAGAGAAGCUAACAAAUCCAGUUUUCGUGGGUUAUCUCUGCAUAGUACUGCUAAUGCUUCUCCUGCUUAUCUUCUGGAUAGCUCCAGCUCAUGGACCUACUAAUAUCAUGGUUUACAUCAGCAUUUGCUCUCUCUUGGGCAGUUUCACUGUUCCCAGCACAAAAGGCAUUGGGCUGGCUGCUCAGGAUAUCUUUCACAAUAACCCAUCGAGUCAAAGGGCUCUGUACCUCUGUCUGGUACUUCUGGCAGUAUUAGGAUGUAGCAUUAUCAUUCAGUUCAGAUACAUCAAUAAGGCACUGGAAUGUUUUGACUCCUCUGUGUUUGGAGCCAUCUACUACGUUGUGUUUACUACUUUAGUCCUGCUGGCUUCAGCUAUCCUUUUCAGGGAAUGGAGUAAUGUGGGAGUGGUAGAUUUCUUGGGAAUGGCAUGUGGAUUCACCACUGUAUCUAUUGGAAUUGUUCUUAUACAAGUCUUCAAGGAGUUCAACUUCAAUAUCGGAGAUUUAAAUAAGCCUAACAUGAAGACAGAUUAAAGUAUUUUUUGAGGGGAAACUGGAUGGCUCAGGGAAUGAUGCAGAGUCUUUCAUUUCUAGGUCACUGAUUCAAAUAUGAUUCAGGUUGGUAGUUGCCCUCUGACGAUUUGGUGGCCUACGUGAAAUGAAUUGGAGGCCUCCAUCCAGUUUCAAAGGAGCAGUUGUCCAUGUACCCCAGUCAACACAAUAAAUGACCUUAAUUGGGACCGUUGAUUGAGUCAGCAUAGGGACCGAUGUAUUUCCUUACUGUAAAGGGUGAUCAGUCAGAAAAGAUUCGUGGGUGUUCUGACAGACCUGUGUGUGAAUGCUUGUGUUACGGUGGCUGAUGUGGGCAGAGAACAUCAGUUCCUAAUGCACUCAAUCUGAUACCUUUCAUGGGUGAUGUAUACCUUAAAAAUAAGGGGGGAGGGGAAAGUGAGUAGAGCAAUUUGUUAAUACUGCAAUGUGUUCACCGUCAAGGCUGUGAAUUCUGAGACAAACGUUGGCUGAACUGUGGACUGCAGACUUGACCUUUUUAGUGACUCUUAGCAACGUGGUCUGCCAUGCGGUGAAGACACUGGGGAGUUUUAAAUUGAAUUCUUUACACAGUGCAGUGGACCCUUAAAAUCCUUCACUAUUUCCUUAUCAGCCAGCUGAUGGUAGUGUCCAGGUAUGCAUUUUUCUUUGUAACAUGUGCAUUAAGACAUACCACAUUCACCUGAGAGUUUUUAAUUGGGAGCAGACAGAAAGACUGUGAAGGAUGUGGAAAUGAUCACAGACUCAUUGCCUAUAUGGUGGCUUAUUGGUAAGCAGCUCAGAACUAUUUCAGUGCCUUUGUAAUCCAAAAAUACUGCAUAAAUGUGAAUGUAUUUGUUUCAGAUGGCCUACAUUGGUUUAAUAAUUCAGUUUCACUGUCUAUAAUACUGUUUUCAAAUUCUAAGCAUGUAAAGCACUCAGAAGGAGCCAUAUAUUUUUGGCAGAAUUCAGAAACCUGAAUUGAAACUAAGAUGCCUUGACAGCUUCUUUAAAAAAAACAAUCAUAAUGGGAAGACGUAACCUACAAGAGGGCCAUUCAAAGAUGACCAACAUACCUUGAUUCUAGUUAAGUAACUAGACAGGAAAACAUUUUGUGAAGUAGUUAAUAAGCAGCAAAACCAAAAUAAACGUUUAGAAGACAAAAGAGAAUGAGAUUUCUCAGAGCUCAGAAGAAGAAAAGAUGGCCUUAUCCUCUUAUAACGUGGGAAAAGGAGGUCGAAGACUGAAAAAGCAUAGGCAUUCAGAGAGCUGAGUUUCAGAAAAACAACAGGAACAGAAUCAGAUCUGCUGACUUACAGACCUGUGUGAAUAGUUGAGCAAUAAUAUUUUGACAGGUAAUAUAAAAUAGGUUAAGCUGGAAUUGGAAUGAUUCUGUUUAGUUUAAACCUUUUAAAGAAUAUGGGUAUUUCAAAAAAUAGCUAACUUUCAUGUUGUGUUUAUAUUUGUUAGUUAAAAUACCACGAAUCAAAAAAUUGUAAGGCAAGCCUGAAAAUAAAUGAAUGUUACCAUUUUAAGUACAGAAAUGGAAAGUGUACAGUGGAAGUCAACACCUCUAUGUCAGGAUGUCUCUUGAACAAACAAACAAAAUACACAAAGUGAUUACGAGACUGUUUGAGAAAGUUUAUGACACCUUAUCAAGAAAUCAUGAACCUAGGUUUGUGGCUGCCUGAGGGUAAUGCAGAUGUUGAUUAAUGGGGAGUAAUAGCGUCCACUCUCAUGAAGUGUUUUUUUGACCUGAAUUAAUGCUACUUUAAAACUCAGCCUCUGUUUUCAUUUCAGAGAAGUGUUAAAAGCCCUUCUGAUGGCAGCAAUAAACAUGAAGACUUAUUCUCAAAGAUUUACUAUUCUGAAGGGAAUAUUCUGCAGGAAUAAGAGCCCCAGGAUGUUAUUUGGAAGCCAGUUUUACAACCCCAAAUUGUGUGGGAGUGAUUCUGAAUUGACUCUGAGUCUGAACUAGUAGAAACAUAUGUUACUAUAGACUGGCACAGAAGCCAGGUGUCUUGGUGGAAUAAAACAGCACUAGCAGAGAAGGGGCCAUCUCUGGAUUUGCAGAUACCGUGUAUUAUUUGUAGAAAGUUUCAGGAUUGUAAAUGAGGGGAAUUGGGCUAUGAAAGAUGGUUAAUACUAAACUCUGUCCUUUAUUGGUUGGAAAUGGUGUAUUGGUUAUCAGCAGACAAGUAUGUUUUGUCAUGCUUGUUCAUUUUUUACCUGAACUGUACAUAAGUUAUGAGACCCGUAGUGACCUACAUUUUUAAAACCACGUUAGCUGUUUUCUGAAGCAGUCAAGUUGCCUUUUCAAAAUCCACAUUCAGAGUUCAUGAAUUGCAUGGUGGCUUUGUACUAGCAUUUGGUCUCUGAACAGUUCCAUGAAAAUCUUUCUUUAGGUUAAAGUGAAAACACUUGUGUUCUCAGACCUCUGGCCGUAUCUGUGUGUUUUGUUUUAAAAUUUACUCCUAUUUAUUUAGAAAGUGCCUAUCCUAGUAUGUUAGGUGCAUAUGCAAGUCAUUAGUAAAUAUUAUAUCAAAAAACCUUGACUGCCCUGUCUAAACCUUAUCAUUUUCUGCACCACACAAACAAGUUUACUUGAUGAACACUCUCUAUGCAGAGUAAGAAUUAAGUAGCAGCCAUGUUCUGUGGUCCUCUGGCCAUUCUUACAGCUGAUAAAUGUCUGCAUAGGUGUCUUCUCCCCAGCUGCUCCUCAUCUGUGAUGAGCUUUCUAGAAACGUCUAGUUAACCUUGUUUAAAACAGGUCAAAAGCCAGCACAUAAGGUGAAAGAGAUUCUCGUGGCCUUGCACAUCUUUAUAUCUGCAGCCUUUCACAUCAUGAAUGCUAAAUAAUGGAAGCCUUUAUUUUUCACUACUUUGUUCAGUAUAUAACAGUGUUCUUCUGAGUUCUGCUGUACCUGGAUCUGGUUCAAUUCUAAUUGAGAAGUGCAUUAGCAUUUUAUUUUGUCACUGUUGGUAUGGUUCUUCCUCCUUCCAUCCUACACCCUCCUCGUUCUAGGUGUCCUACCUCUUUUAGUCUUUUCCCGUUGCUUUUCUGACUCCAGAGGAGGCACCGCUGAAGCUGAAUUUUAGCCGUUCCCUCUUUUCCAUCCCUUUACAAGUAACUUUGAAUAAGACAUCUGGGUUCCAUCAUCUCAGGGAGCAAAUGUGCAUAGUUGUCUCCUGAGCUUUGGUGUCCCUCGUGGGUCUGCCCUUCCCACCUUCUCUUUGCAUUACGUGUGCUGAUAGCUACAAGCCAGAUGAUCUGUGUUCUGAUUCCGAUGUAGAAGUGACGGAGGCUACACAUAACGUAAAGUGGACCGAUGACAGUGGUGGGGUGCAUUUUGAAUUAAAUUCAAAUCCAUAUGAAAGACGCUUCACUCCGUAUGUCUGGCUUCUGUUGUAUUUACCAAACAUAGUUACAUGAAGACAGCUCUUUGAUCAUUAUCCCUUCAGCGUAUGGAGGAUUUACCUGUGUCGCUCCUGAUCUUUAUUAGGUGUCAAACACAAAAAUCCCUCAAAUGUUCAGUAGGAGAAUAGAAACCUUUUUGAUACAACCAAAAAAAAAUUUGCUAACAUAAGUACUUAUGU